AUGGCCAAGACUAGUAAAGCAACCAAGAAGUUCAACAAGAAGCAUUUGAAGAAGACGUUGGAGAAGCGUAAUAAGGCCAAGGAGUACAAACGGAGAAUUGGCAACAAGAAGGCACUUCGGGAGGAAAAGGCCAAGAACAGAGCAAAUGGGAGAUCGGCCAAGGAUGGAGAGGUGUUUGAUGACAUGGAUUUAGAGAAGUACUUUGAGAAAAAGGUGGAAGUUCCAAGUGUUAAGACGAAAAAAGGGUCUAAAUUGGGUAAGAAGUCGAAGGAGGAAGAAAAGAGCAAAGGGGAGGAAUCAGAGUUGGAAAUAGAGUCAGAGUCGGACUCGAAGGCCGGUUCGGACGCAGAAUCGGAAUCCGGAGCGGAAAUGGAGAUGGACAAGCAGGAUUUGGAGGAUUUGAAGAAGGAAGACCCAGAGUUCUACAAGUAUUUGAAAGAUAAUGACAAGGAUCUUCUUGAUUUCAAUCCGGUGAAUCCUAUGGAUAUGGUGAGCUCGGACGAGGAUGAUGAGGAUAAGGAGGAGGCUGAGAAGGAGGACAAGGACAAGGACAAGGAAAAAACACAGCUAGAAGUGGAAGUGACGAUUGAGAUGGUGAAAAGCUGGGAAAAGAACAUGAUGCAGGAAAAGCCAUCAAUCAAAGGGAUCAAGCAGGCAGCCAUGGCAUUCAAGGCGGCGGUGAAUUCAGAGACAGACAGGGAGUACAGAUAUAAAGUGAGCAGCGGGCCGGUGUUCAACUUGUUGAUGAUGGUUGUUUUAAAGAAGCUUCCUCUUGCGAUCGAGAGGCUUUCUCCAUACAAAAAGGACGCAAGAGGCAGCAGAAAGCUUGGCUCAACAUCGAAGAAGUUGAACGGCCGCAUUUGCACAAUCGUGAAGUUGCACUCAACGUCUUUGCUUGAGCUUUUGGACGGCAUAUCGAAGACAGAGAUGGCGAUUCUCGUUUUACAGUCUACCCAGGAGCUUUUCCCAUACAUCAUGUCGUGGAGGAAGAUCCUAAAGAUUUUGAUCAACAGCGUGGUGCAGGUUUGGGCAUCAUCGGGCGAUUUCGAGACCCAGGUUGCCGCGUUUGCCUUUCUAAACAACGUGUCCCACGAGUAUCCAAAGGCAGUGUUGGAGAUUUCUCUCAGAUCGAUGUAUUCAGGCUUUGUGAAGAACUGCCGCCGCACAAACGUUCACACAAUCCCCUCGAUCAACUUCCAGAAGAACUCGAUGGCCGAGUUGUAUGGCGAGGAUGAAAGUUUGGGAUAUAGGGUUGGAUUCGAGAACAUUCGGCAGUUGGCAAUCCACCUCCGCGAGAGUGUCAACAAUCCUACCAAGGAGAGUUACAAGGCUGUUUACAACUGGCAGGUGUGCAACGCUCUCGAUUUCUGGUCCAGAAUGCUCUGCUUGCGGUGCAAUCCGGAGGCUGAACUCAAGAGCAGUGUGAAAAAGGGAAGAAAAAGCGGUACAGAGUCACCUUUGAGGCAGCUUAUUUACCCAUUGGUGCAGGUGACCAUCGGAACGAUUCGUUUGGUGCCAUCUGCACAGUUCUUCCCGCUCAGAUUUUACCUUGUGAGGUCACUAAUCAGGUUAUCGCAGGCCACCGGCGUGUUUAUCCCGCUAUUUCCAUUGAUAAGCGAGAUACUGACGUCUUCUGUGUUCACCAAGAAGCCCAGGGCCUCGUCUUUGGCCGCAGUGGACUUUGACAGCUGCAUCAAGGUGAAUAAGGCGUACAUUGGCACCAGAGUGUACCAAUCAGGCGUCUGUGACGAGUUCAUAGAGCUUUGCGCGGAGUUUUUUGCGCUCUACUGCAAGAGCAUCGCCUUCCCGGAGCUCAUAACUCCGCCUGUCAUAUACUUGAGGCGUUUCCGCAAGAGAAAGGGGGGAAACUUGAAGUUCAGCAAGCAACUUGGAACUUUGAUCGACAAGCUUAAUGCAAACGCAAAAUACAUAGAGAGCAGGCGGGCCACCGUGCAGUAUGGCCCAAGCAACACACAGGAGGUGUCUAAGUUCCUCCAGGAUGUUGAGUGGGAGAAAACGCCUCUUGGAGCGUAUGUUAAGACGCAGAGAGAGGUUAAGGAAGCCAAAAUGAAGAUUCUCCGGGAUUCUUUGGAGAAGGAGGAGGAGGAAGAGAGGAAACGGGAGCAGGAGAAGGGCGAGGGAGAGGAGGAAAGAGAAGGUGAUGAAGAUGCAAGUGAAGAUGAUGAGGAUGGAAAUGAAGAUGUCGAUAUGGACUCUGAUGAAGAGUAA